CAGCUGAUCCCAAACCAACUCUACUUCGGUUGCUUCCCUGAUCCGAAUGCCAUCGAUAAGUCUGACAAAUCGAUUAAAAAGACAUGUUUCAUAAGUGUAAAUAAUAAAUUCCACUAUGAGCCAUUUUAUGAGGAUUUUGGACCAUGGAAUCUGUCGGUUCUCUAUAGGUUAUGCGUUCAAAUCGAUAAACUUCUGGAGGUUGAAGAGAAACGCGGCAGAAGAGUGGUUCUUUUCUGUCAAGAGGAUGGAACGGGAGACUAUGAGAAAUUGAGAGUCAACACUGCCUAUGUUCUUGGAGCUUUUCUGAUAAUCUAUCAAGGGUUCUCAGCCGACGAUGCUUAUUUGAAAGUGUCAUCUGGAGAUGGUCCAAAACUGAUUGGAUUCCGUGAUGCGUCUAUGGGCGCUCCCCAAUAUCUUCUCCAUGUUCAUGAUGUUCUUCGUGGAAUUGAAAAAGCUCUGAGAUUCGGAUGGCUCGAUUUCUCAGACUUUGACUAUGAAGAAUACGAGUUUUAUGAACGUGUUGAGAACGGAGAUUUCAAUUGGAUUGUUCCGGGAAAGAUUCUCAGUUUUUGUGGUCCUCACAACGAAAGCCGAGAGGAAAACGGGUAUCCAUAUCACGCUCCAGAUGUCUAUUUCGAUUACUUCCGCGAGAAAAAAGUGUCGACGAUUGUUCGAUUGAACGCGAAAAACUAUGAUGCUGCGAAGUUCACAAAAGCUGGCUUCGACCAUGUUGACUUAUUCUUCGUUGAUGGAAGCACGCCAUCUGAUGAAAUCAUGUUGAAGUUUAUCAAAGUGGUCGAUAGUGCACAAGGAGGAGUUGCCGUACACUGCAAGGCUGGCCUAGGAAGAACGGGAACUUUGAUCGCUUGUUGGAUGAUGAAAGAAUUUGGUUUGACGGCAGGAGAGUGCAUGGGCUGGUUGCGUGUGUGCCGCCCAGGAUCAGUGAUAGGACCACAGCAGCCCUAUCUGGUCGAGAAACAAAAAUUCUGCUGGGGAUUGUCAAAGUCGAAUGGAAUUCAUCUUAUACCGACAAAAGAAGAAAAGAAAUGUGUCCGACGUCUUGCCAAUCAAGUGGAUGAUAUAAAUUUAGGAGAAGGAAAACGAUCAAAGAGUCGAGAAACUACUACUCGUCCCAACAUACUCAGAAGAAAAGUUCAAGCUCAAAAUGGAGUAGAGAUUCCGCCGGUUUCUGCUUCUUCGUCAACACCAGGAACUAGCCGAUCGACGAGACGAGUUGUCGAUGAAACUGCAUUGGACGAACAAGGAAGAUCUCAGGGAGAUCGCCUACUUCAACUCAAAGCAAAACAUCAACAUGAAGCAGAACAAACCUCAUCCAAUACUCCAAGCCGUCGUUUCGUCAAAAACUCCGCUCCACAAAUGGCUGUUCCAAGUCAAGCGUAUCUUAACCGGAAUCGUGAGCCUCUUCUGGUCACUCCAACGAAGACGGCUGGUCCAUCUUCAUCUGGAACCAGUAGCCGUCAGCUGAAGACAACUUCAAAUGGAAAUGUUGCCUAUCGAACUAGAACUCCAUCUGGCAGCAAUGGAACCGGAACUCUUUCUAGAACGCCAGCAUCCGCAGUGUUUCCAUCAAUGGCUUCUCGUCGGAGUGAGGCUACUAGAUAUCUGUCUCCAACGACUCCGAUAAAGCCGAUGUCCCCAGCUUACACAGGAAGUGCCAACAGCUACAAGACUUGUCUUCGAUCAGAAAAACCAUUGGGAGCCACUACGUCCACUCCAUUCAAUCUUCAGCCACAAUUUGGACUUGUUCGAGUGCCAAUGGAUUCACCGCACCUUGUGAUGGCCCAACGACCACCACCGGCUCGUGUGCCACUCGCUCAACACAACUUCUCAUCAGUGCAGAUGUACAAUCCAGCCAGUCGAUCUCUUGGAGAUAAGAAGCCAGUGACACGUAACACCGCAUCCACAUCAGCACUUCCUGCAAUGUACAUGACCCGGAGCAAAAUGUCACAAGCCGAUUUCAUUGACAAAAACUUGCCCGGCUUAUCUUGUGCUCAACAUGAGAAUUGUGGGCAGGAUGUCGAACACACUCCGAACCCACCAGCUAUCAAAAAACGACUCGUUUUGGUUUCUCGAAGAAUUAUCACAGUACACGGGCCCGUUCCGGCAGCGGGCCCUCCAUGUUUUCCACCAAACAAACAGCCGAUGAGUUUAGCUAAACAUAGUUUUGUUUUCAGCAGCCAUCGCAUUUGCCUCAUCUGUAGAUUGAUGAAGCCGGUGUCAGAAAUCGUGAUUAUUACUGAUGAAAAUGACAAACUGUUUGUGGUUCUCUCAGCUAUCUAUCGUCGAAAAAUGGAUUUUACACUGGCUAACCACAUCUACAAGCACUCCCCGUUCUAUGCAUGCUCUGCCCAUUUGCCAGAAGCUUCAGCAGGAGUUUUGAGAAUGUUAGGAGUCUCCAGCGCCGUCGGAAUACUGAAAGCGCGCUCUCGGAAAGUUUCACAAGUUGAAGCAUUUGCCAGGCACAUAUCCAGGAACUCGUAUAUUAAUGUAGAUAAACUGUUGAGUCUGGCAUACUCGUUUACUCAAAAGCAUCCCCAACCAUUCGAACCAGUGGGUCCGGUGGUCCGAGAAGAAGAUGUACCGUGUGAAAAAACCAUCGAAUGUAAAUCAGAUGUUCAAGCCGAUGCGAUUGUACCGAAAUGCUUCCGUGAGCCGAGGAAACAGAGAUUCGAAAAGGAAAACACAGAAUCGGUCUCUUCGUUGCUUCGAAUUAUUAGAAGAGAACCCAUGCAUCUCCCAAUCGAUCGACAUAUCUAUCCGAACGCAGUCUUGCACAGACCAGUCAAAUGUUGUUAUUGUUUCGAAAUACACGAGAAGGAAGCGAUGUUGAACAUUCCCAAGACUCGAACGCGAAUUGCAAUGUGGGCGGAGUCCAUAGGAAACGAGUUAAGCGAACGUUUAUGGAGAAAUCCAGUCAACUAUAUGUGCAAGAAACACUUCACAAAGUACGAUCUUAGCCCACAAGGAAGGCUUCGUAGGAAUGCAAUGCCGAAUUUCGCUCCCCAGCUGGAAGUUCACACAUUCAAAAUUUAUGGAGAUCGGUUCAUCAAAGUCGAAGAAAAUCAUAUGGAUGACGACAGAGGAGAUAGUUCAUAUAUUGAUAUAGAAAAUUAA